AGGAGCAAGUGUUGGAGAGUGGCUCGUGGAAGACACAAGCUGAAUGCACGUGAGUUUCUAUCCCCACCUUUCUUUCUCAGCACUGUUCUCUACCUCACCGGAAUGCCAACAUGAACCAAUGGAACCCCCUGCCGCCUCAAAACUCCUCCAAUACUCCGCCAGAUUCACUUCCGCCACCCUUCGCUAACCCCUCCAAUCGCAAACACACUGUCAGGGAGAGGAGUGAGGUGGAAGGUGGGGAUGCAACUGCCGCUAGAAAAGUUCAGAAGGCGGACCGUGAGAAAAUCAGGAGGGAUAGAUUGAACGAUCAUUUUCAAGAUUUGGGAAACGCCUUAGGUCAAUUAACACUCAAACACGACAAGGCAACCAUCCUUACAGAGACAAUCCAAGUGCUAAAGGACAUAACUGCUGAAGUUGAUAGACUGAAAACCGAGCAUAAAUCACUUUCUGAAGAGUCACACGAACUAAUACAAGAAAAGAAUGAACUCCGAGAAGAAAAGGCGUCUUUAAAAUCUGACAUAGAAAAUCUUAAUUCUCAAUAUCAGCAGAGAGUCAGAGUCAUGCCACCAUGGACUGCGAUCGACCAUUCUAUUGUCAUGAGUAACCCUUAUCCAUAUCCAGUUCCUAUACCUAUUCCUCACGGUCCAGUUUCCAUGCACCCACCUUUGCAACCUUUUCCUUUCUUUGGAAACCAAAAUCCUGGUCAUGUUCCUAGUCUGUGCUCGAUGUAUAUUCCAUUCUCGACUCCCGCUAACCCCCCAAUUGAGAUGCCAUCAGCUCAAUACGCAUCUACAUCUCAUGUGUCUAGUCGAAAAGAGUCUCGAAGCAAGUCACCGUGUCAUAGAAAACCUAGUGAUGCAGAAAGAUGUAGUGUGUCUCCUGAUGUGGCUACAGAGCUUGAACUUAAGAUGCCGGGAUCAUCAACACAACAGGAUUGCUCAUCUGGAGGAAGGAAGAGAAAGCAUUCCGUGAUGAGCGAUAGAAUCAUCAUAGAUGGGAGUGCUUCAAGCCGGUAUUCUGCAUCUCAGGGACUUCAAGAUAGUUCCAACAGCGUCGGCGAUACCCCUAAGGCCAGUGAUUGACCUUGUAUAUCAAUUCUUGUACCAUUUUACACCAUAUGUUUAAAGUCAUUUAAUUUACACAUACAUACAGCUUUUUUUUAUUUAUAUAUAUCAUUUUUAAAACAAAAUGAUCAAUGGAACAUUCUUCCCCUUACAACUUAAAGGGGAGCUGAUGAUCAAGAAAUGGUGCUUUGUCUAGAAUGUAUGUAUUGAGUCCUAACUACUAAAGCAUCAUAAUCCUUAUUUGUAGGUUACAAAUUACACAUAAUAACCUAUUUUUGAGCCAUUUGAGUGCGUUAGAAUGUAUAUAUAGAUUAGCAUGUGCUUACAGUAAACUAUCAAGCUACUUGAUGCAAUACUAUGUGAAUUGUUGAUGUCAUUUUUCUACCUA